ACCGAAAAGCAGUGCUGUUGCGGUAUGCUAGCGUUAAUGCUGGCUGUGAAACGGCAUGUCGCUGAUGGUUAUACUGUUUUGAGUGUUCUGAACAAAUUGAAUGCCUCGUUUUGUUCAUUUCCGAUGUGUGUGUCACCCCGAGCAAUUAACGGUUCAUCGAAAGACACCACCACAGGUGCUUGUAACUCCGAUCCUGACGAGGUUACUCAAAGGGAAGAUUGUUCAUGUUCGUCACAAACAGACAGAGAUAUACAUCCAAAUAAUGACACCAUCAAAGUGGAUACGAAUCAGCAGAAGUUAAAACGUAAGUGGAUGGGUAGACGUGCUCAUGCAGUUGCGCUCCGAACUCGUAUCAGUCGAUUACGAUCUGAAGAUGCACUUGAAAUCAGCAGUCUUCAAUCGGAGAAAAAUGAAGAGGUUCAAAGGAAUGACCAAUCUUGUGUGGCUGAAGUUGAAAGGGAUUUGGAACGACGAGCCAACGAAAUGAUUAAUAUCUUAAGAAACGGCGGCGCAUCCAACGAAGUCCGCGUUCAACCUGGUGCAAGUCAGAAGUCGGAAGAUUUAACUGAGCAAGAUUCAUCGAUACAUGUGAAUCGAUAUCGGAAAAUUAUUUAUUCUGAAGGUGAACUCGAUUCUUCUGAUCUUUCGCUUCCACCGUCCAGCACGAAUCCUCAUCCAUUCGAUCCGUCAGCGAAUCCAUCACUUUUACCCCCCACGCAUUCUCGUGCUUUAACCACCUAUGUGAAUCAUUUAGCACUUCUUCAAAAUCUUGUUCAUCUUGGUGUUGAUUUAUUGGAGGUUGAUACCAAUAAUAGUCAAUUAGGGCGUCAUUUGAUUCGGUUAGAUUGGAACCGAGAUGUAAGACCAAAAUUGGAGUGGCUGUUGGAGACGGGUGUACCGAUUACUGAUCUCGGUUCAUAUUUGACAAGAAAUCCUUUCUUUCUUAUCAUUGAUCUCGAUUCUAUGAAGGUUCGAGUGAAUUAUCUUCGCUCGAAGAAGUUUACCAAAAAGCAAAUUGUUAAAAUUAUUACUGAGUUCAGGUAUUGGUUGAAUACUGAUGUACGCACAAUGGAUUCACGAUUAGGAUGGAUUCAGAAGUCAUUUUCAUUGUCCGCGGAUAGAAUGCGAUCGUUAAUUGUCAAGGAACCUCGUAUUGUUAUGUUUGGAAUUGCUCCUCUUCAGAGGAUAAGUGACAUGCUCUUAAAGGAGAUGGAAUUCUCGAAAUAUGAAGUGAAAAAAAUGUUGUUAGAGGAUCCUCGUCUUUUCUUGAUGGAUGCAUCGCACAUAACAAUGAGUUAUGCGUAUUUACAUUAUACGAUGGGUUUACAAAAUGCUCAAAUAGCGAAUUAUCCGUUGGCGUUGAGGUGUUCAAUUGCAUCGAUUCGACGUCGACACGAAUAUCUUGUGAAGUUGAAACGAAACAACUAUAUCGAAGGUACACCGGAUGCAGUUUCAUUGAAACAAUUGUUACACCCAUCUGAUCGAUAUUUUGCUGUGAAUGUUGCACGAACGUUUCUUGUUGCUUACAAUCAAUUUCUGAAAACGUGA